UAUAAAAUAUAGUAUAUACAUACAUACUAUGUAGAUUUGUGUACUCAUUGUACAUUCAUAAUUAUAAUCAAACAUAAAAAUUAUUAAAAGUGUCAAGAAAGUGAAAUUAAUAAAUGGAAUGUUGCGGCCAUAAAAAUUUAAUGCUUUUCAGUUUAACGAUUGAAAUCCUUUGAAGGUUCGCUUCUAAUUUGCAUGCAAACAAGUGAAAAAUAAACAACCGAAAUAUUGACCAAACGAAUCGAUCGGUCGAUCAAGGGUCCAUUUGAUCGUUCUACGAUCGUUUGAUGGCUUAAAAGUGCAAACACACACAAAAAGGCGCAAACGCACAGGCAAACAAACGCAUUUUGCUUUUGGACCGCUCCAUGUAUUGGCGACAAAUUCGGUUUUGGCAUUUCGGCCUCUCUGUUGUGUUCGCCGUGCGGUGCAGUGCAUUAACGAACUUGUUUUAACUGGGUUUUUUUUUCUUUUCACAACUAAACUACUACCAUAAAUAUUUUCUUUUUGUUUUUGUAUUGAGUAGUUUUUUUUUCUUCUUUCGUCCGCUAUUUUUGUCUGUUGUCGGCCGCUUUUCUUUGCCGUCAGUUAAUUUGAAAAGAUUUAAUUCAUUGCGUGUGUGCGUGUGACAGCGAGGAGUUUAAGUUUUGUUGUAAAUUUUUGAAAUUAUUUUCGUCUUGUUUUGUUUUAUUAACUGUGCCUCGCGCGUUCGCGACAAGUCCGUAAAUUAUGUACAUUAGCAGUUUUAUAGUCGUGUGGCUAUGGGCGAUUGUUGCGGAGUUGGGAUUAACUGCAAAUGUACCUGCCAGGCGUGAACGACAUGAAUUGACGAUAUCAGAAUGUGCUGCGCGAGGCGGUGAAUGUGACGAGACUAAAGGUCGUCCCGUCUGCGGCACAGACGAUCAAACCUACCCAUCACGUUGCCAUCUAUUACGCGCCCAAUGUAGCGGCUAUCAAGUUAGUCUCAAAUAUCGAGGACACUGUAAAGAGUACCGUUAUGUGUCACUUGCAGCUUGUAAAGACGCACGCGAUUACGCACUCAAACAUCGAUCUCAUGGUCCGCCUAAAUUUAUACCACGUUGCAAAUCGGACGGCACCUAUGCAGCCGUACAAUGUCUCGGCGAUAUGGGUUGUUGGUGUAGCGACAUAACUGGCAAACCCAUCGAGAAUACAUCGGUACGCAAUGGCAAGCCCAAAUGUCGUGAAUAUACCAAAGCGAAUAUACGUCGUUCACCGUCACGUCACGUGAGUCCAAGUCGUCUUCGUCGCACGUGCACGGCCGUUGAUCGCGCUGCCUUCAAUGCCAAUCUCAUCAAAGUCUUCCAAAGCGAAUUCAUGCGUGCUGGUGCUGGACAACAGAAACGUGGCCCACAGAGCGGCAAUGCGGCUGGUGCGAUGGGUGCGGGAGAGAGUCAAAACGAUAGAGCAGUGUUGGAUUGGAAGUUUACCUACUUGGAUGUGAAUGCAAAUGAAAUGUUGGACAAAACUGAAUUCCGUGAAUUGAAGAAGCUAGUGAAGAGGGCGGUGAAACCGAGACGUUGUGGACGUGCUUUUGGCAAGUUCUGCGAUUUGGAUGACGACGAUCGUUUGACGCUGACCGAAUGGAAUGAUUGCUUCUCAAAAGAUCAAAUUAAUCGUCAUGCAGCUGCUGACAAUAAGAAUUAUGCCGUUAACAGCAUUUCGGACAACAACUACCAGGGUUUCAUACCAACAACACAGCAGCAGCAGCAGCAACAGCAAAAUAUAAAUAGAAACAACAACAACAAUAAUAAUAAUAACAAUAACAAUAUCAACAAUAACAGUAAUCGUCAUUCAUCGUCGCCUUACAAUCAUCGCACCUCACAAAUUCAUACAUAUACUAGUAAUAGCAAUGGCAACAGCAAUAGCAACAGCAACAACAACAACAAUUAUAAUUACAAUCGAAAUGAUAAUCUGAAUAAUAUACAUCAUCAUUCCUCUACAUCGUUUGACGAUUUGGAGAGCGAAAGUACCGGUGAUGAGGAUGAUGAGAGUGGCCAACAACAAACUGGCGAUUAUGAGGAUGAGGAUUAUGAUCAAGAUGAUGGUGGUGAAAAUAGUGAUACGCUACGCAUGCUAAAUUCAUCACGGUUCCAUUGGCCGAAAAUACUCACCGACUCAAAUACGAAAAUCGACACACAAUUAAACAACUCUGAGAACGAAUUCGAUUGUUUGGCAGAUCAAAAAAUUGCAAUCGAAGAACAACGGGGCGGCACUCUUUUCUAUGUGCCAGAAUGCACACCAGACGGACGUUACCAACGCAUACAAUGUUAUCGUUCGACGCCCUAUUGUUGGUGUGUGCAUGAGGAUACAGGCAAAAAUAUACCGGGUACAACGAUGAAAGAUAGGCGACCACAAUGUGAUAUCACUUAUGUAGCGCCACGUCCCAUGAAAGGUUGUCCGGAGCCCAGAAAAGCGGUGUUUUUGAAUGAUCUCAAAGAAUUCUUGAAGACACACAUUGUAGCGAGUGCUGGUUCAGGCGGUAAUACCACUAAGUGGACCUCUGAGGAUGAACGUAUUGCAACUCUGAGCUUUGUUUUACUCGACAAGAAUAAAAACAAAUCUUGGGAACGUAAAGAAUGGAAGACGUUUAGAGAAAUGGUCACCAGCUCAAAAACACUGCGUAAAUGUGGCAAGAAGAUGCCACGAUACUGUGAUGUGAAUGGUGAUAAGAAAAUUACGCUCACCGAAUGGUUGAAUUGUCUACAAGCGCAACGCAUAGAAGUGCAGACAACGGUGCAGAGUUCAACGGAAGCUAAUAUAUCCAUGACGUCGAAGCCAUUGAAGCUAACUGGUUUCAAUCCACUCGAACAAUAUCUCAAAGAGUGACAAUAAUGCUAUAGCCAUGGUCUUAUAUACAUAUUUAUACAUAUGUCAUAUGAGCGUACGAAUUUAAUGUUACUACUAAUUUGUAGUUUUUUUUAUUUAUUUAUUAUUUUUUAAGUACUUUUUUUGUGUAAUUGAGCUGGUGUUUUGCUUUAUUUGAAAUUUGCAUUUUUCGUGAUAGUGUUGAGAUAUUAUAACUACUACUAAUAAUACGCGCAUAUAUAUAAAUUAA